UCAUCCCGCCAGGAAGGAUUGCUACUUAUUUGCGACACGUGUACAAACUCAACAAGUUCUACGGUUCUAAGAGCAAGACUGUGUACCGGGUUGCUGAGGCAAUUGUUACUAUAACUUUCUCAUGAAACUCUGUCCUCUCUGUUCUUGAGGACUAUCUGGCUGUUUUCCCUGAAGAUCGGUUCCGGUUCCAUAGGCACGAAAAAUUUGAAGCAGCCUGUGAUCUCAAAGGGGAUCUUUAUGAUUAUGUUGAUCAUAUUAAACUCGUGGAUGGGAAGACUGUCAAUGACAGUCUCGUUCUUGACGAAGCCGAGAUAGCUUCGAGUCGCCAAGUUUUGCUUCAUGUUCAAACCCAUGAUGGACCUGUGAUGAAGCUCUACUUAUGGAACAAGGCUGCUAUGGACUUGUGAUAAGUUUAAAGCGUCUGGAAGCACUCACACUGUUAUUUUACUCACCACUGUAAACCCGAAACGAUUUGGAGGCGUCCUAGCUCUUGCUUCUAUGGCAUCAUCUCGGGUUUUUCUGGACUGCGAUGUUCAAGCAACCCAGGAUUAUCUGACUUGGCUGGGUUCAAACUUGGAUAUUGCUAACAGUGUUAACGCAGAGAUUGUUACCAAGACUGAGACAGUCAUUAUAGGGGAACUAUUCUCCUACAUCAAGCAGGAAAGAGCCAAGCUAAUGAGCUUAACCAUUCAAGUUCAUUAUGAAGAGCUUAGGUAUUUAUUAUAUUCCAUUCUACAAAUUUUGCAGGUUGCUUGGUUUGAGUGCACAGCCACUAUUGUCCAUGGUUCUGCAUGGUAUUACGUUGCUUGCGGUGGGUGCCAUACUAAGGCAACCAAAGGGCCUACCUCACUUAUGUGCAAGAAAUGUGGAAAAGCUGAAGUUGCCGGUGUUCCACAGUACCUAACGAAGCUAUCUGUCUAUGGCAACAAUUACCAAGCUGUUUUUGUGCUACUUGGCGAUGUUGGGGUUGAGUUGACUGGGAAGCAAGCCGCAGAAUUGGUAAAGAUCUACUUUGAGGCGAAUGAAAGCAUAGGAGAUGAUCACUUAGUCCCAGUGCCUCAAGCUUUGAUUGAUUUCAUUGAAAGACUCGCAAGUUCCUUGUGAAGGUCUCAAGCCACAAUUUGACCGACAAGACCCAAUCUCUAACUUUUACAAAGGUUCUCCCUCCUGAAGCUCCAGAAUCAGAAGGUGAAUUAAAUGAGAAUGUCAUUGUUCCAAAUGCGAAGGAAACUUUGCAGAUGGGAAAUGCUGAGGGUGGUUCUUCCACUGGCGUAGAAGAAUCUGCAGAUGGGAGAGUUAAAAGGGGUUCUGAUCGUGUUGUGUCGGAAGAAGCUAAACGUCCAAAAUGUGGCUAAUAGGUCUCAAGAAUUGGUUAUGUUCUUUUUAUAAGACUAUGCUUUGUUUAUGCUUUGUUUACUUUCAUUUUCAGACUUUGUCUUUGCAACACUUUAGUUAUGUUUUUUGCAUUAA